ACUGGGGCUUGUCUUGUGACGCAGUGCCAUCUACCGGUCAAAAAAUAAGCAUGGCUGCUCGAAUCUUAGCACGCUGUGCUCAUAAUACAGUCAAAUUUAAACCUCAGAUUUUUUAUGCUGGCUGUAAGUGUUCGCUGUCACCAUCCAAUACAAUAUGUGAGCCCAGUGUGUUAGGUGGGGCUGUUUUUGAACAAUCCCGACUGCGGCACAACCGGUGGAACCACUUCAAAUUUAGGAAACAGAGGAAAAUGAAAAAUGCUAAGUUUCCUGAAGAGGAUGGUGAAAUAGACGAUGAUGGAUUUCCCAGGACAGAAGAGCAAAUUGAGAAAAUGAAGGAAAGGGGAAUUCCUCCACCUAAAGAUUUUAAUGAAAUACCUCCAUUUGACCUUAGUAGCACUGUCAUGGUUAUGGAUCCAUAUGUUCCUCCAGAGGGAGAUGGCAAGGUUUCCAUAUUGAGCAAAAAGGGAGCAAAAGACAGGAUGGAGAAACUAACCAAGAAGGGUACCCAGAUCCAGCACAUCCGGAAGAUCAAGAAGUACGAACCUAACUGGUCUGCCCCCGAGUUUGCUGAAGAAGCAGCAGAGGUCUAUAGAGAGGCACAUGAACUAUUGAUGAACUUCCAAGACAAUGAAGAGAGAUUGCAUGAUCUGAUAACGACCAAAGCAUGGAGUGACAUGACGCAUGGUCUCAAGUUCAAAACUUUGAGAUGGGAAUUUGUGGAGUCCGUGGAACCACCCGUUGUAGUCCAUGUGAGAGUAGCCAACAUGAUAAAUGAUGAUAAUCUGUAUGGUCAAGUCACUGUAAGGCUCCACACAAAACAGAUUUUAGCCCUGUAUGAUCGCUUUGGCAGACUCAUGUACGGCAGCGAGAAGCAAGUCAAGGAUGUGUUAGAAUACAUCGUGUUUGAAACCCACUUGAUUGAUCCACAUAGACGAUGGCGAAUUCACGCCAAAAUCACCCCUGAGUGGGUCAAGCAAACGCCGCCCGUGGUGUUAAGAACAAACAUUGAGCCUGAAGAAAAAGAAGAAGAAGACGAUGAAGAAAAUAAAGAAGAAUCUGCACUGGUGGAAGGGAAAUCAUGAGAAAAGAAACUUGUUCAGACUGAAAAGAUAAUUUUGGGUCUUACUGAUAAAAGAUUUUGUAUAUAAAACUUUUGACACUGGAGAAAACUGGAUGUAUUACACUUAAGAAAUUAACUGCGGGGCUUAAGUGUCCAGAAGUACGUGUAUAGUUCACAUUCAAACUAAUGUAUAUUCUUUUGUUAUAUCAUGUAUUUGAAAUAUAUAGCAGGUUAAGUGAACAAGCGCUUGUACAUGAAAGAAUUUUUCCAAAAACAAAAAAGAAAUAAAACAACUAUAAUAAUUAUUUCAGU